AUGUCGGACGCCGAUCAACUCAAGCAACUGAAAAUCAAGACUGGCGUCGUCAAGCGUCUUAUCAAGGAGCACGCUUCUUAUCAGAAGCAGGUUGUGAAGGAUGAGGAGAAGGCUGAGAAGUUGGCUGCCGACGCCACCAACGAAGACGAGGAAUAUGUCGCCAAAAAGGCGAAGGAGGUUGUUAAGGAGACAGUGACGAUGGUUCGCGAUGCUCACGGACGUCUUCAGAAGGCUAUUGUCGAUCUUCAAACUCUCAUCUCUUCGGGAAGCUUCUCCGAUGAAUGCGCCGAGUUGGCUGAGGCAAAGACUCAGUUGGAGGCUGCCGCUGCUUCCGCUUAA